AUGUUCGGACUCGUCAACUUCGUCAAGCUGACUGCUCCAGUGACCGCACGUGGUGUUUUCUGCAGCGUCAGAACCAUAGUUUCUGCAUCAAAACCGGUUUUUGAGCCGCUCCCAAAGAAGAGAAAUGGCCAAGGAGCCAUUUCGUUCUUGCACAAACAACUUCUCCAGAAAUAUGACCCUACGGGUAAAAGAAGAGCAUUGGUGGACACUUCAUCAGGCUUGAGAUCUGGUGACAUCAUCAAAGUGACAUACCUUGAUCGUACCAAUGUCACUGGCCAGGUGAUUGCAAUCAAGAGGGGCCAGAACAACGUGGGUACAAACAUCUUACUCAGAAACAAAAUCAAUAAGCUCGGAUGUGAGAUGAGAAUCCCAUUGUACAACCCCAACAUCAGAAACAUUGAACUCCUCCACCAGCCCAAGAAGUACAUGCCUAGAAAGAAGCAUUUCUACAUCAGAAACUCCAAGUACGAUGUGGGAGAUGUGGAAAUGUUCUUGAGAAAGGAGAAGAAGAAAAACAUCAAGUGA